AAUGCAGUUGCUGUUGCUGCUCGAUUGAUAUAUUUUAAAAUAUACAAGAAAGGAACCACUCUCCAUAUCUACCACCGAGACCUGAUCACGCCGGAGCUCGUGCAUGCCCAGUCAGUUGCCUGAUGACUGGUUCUGCUCAAGAAAUCCGAGCAUCUAAAUAUCCAGCCAGCAUUGAGCAUCGGAACCAAAAACACGAUUUAUGUAUUACCUUCCAAGAUUCCAGGAUCCACACAGACAUCGCCCGACUCCUCGUUUCCCCCUGAUUUCGUCCGCGUAAUCCCAGAACCCACUUACUGCAGGGGUUGAUUGGACUACUGGGGUCUGUUCGUUUAAGCGGUCUAGAACAAGAACCGCCUUCCUCAAAUUCACCAGUCCUUCCAUCUCACCUCGCCCUGCUAUUAGCCGAUUGCGAAAAAUUUCAUUCGUUUAUCUGCUUGAAGCACUGCCAGUCUCACGGCUUAUCACUGUGCCCCGCCGUCACACCCUACAGACUGAUCUGAUAAGCAGUCUGCCACAAUGUCGACCUCGAUGGAGGAAGCGCAAUCAUCUUCCAACCAGACCUUUCUGAGUGCCUUGGUGCUCAACUCACUUAUCGCAGCGGCUGAGAUCGUCGGGUUUAUAAUCCUUCGGCGUUACUUCCGCAAAGUCUAUCAGCCGCGUAGCUACCUGCCGAGCCCCACCAAAAGAUCUGAGCCACUCUCAUCCGGAUGGUUAUCAUGGAUCCCCCAGAUCAUCAUGGCCGAUGACGAACAAAUCAUUCACCACAACGGCCUCGACGCUUACUGCUUCCUCCGCUUCCUGAGACUUCUCCUCAAUAUCUUCACACCCAUCUUCGUCCUCUCCUGGACUAUUCUUUUGCCAGUCUAUGCCGCUAAUUCCGGCGGCAUCAAGUCUGGUCUCGAUCGGUUCACGUUUGGAAAUAUCGGCCCCACUGCUCAAAUUCGACUUAUCGCACCCUUGAUCCUCGCUUACGCUUUUACCUUCUACGUGCUCUAUCUUCUUAAAGUAGAGAUCGAAGGCUUCAUCAGCAAGCGACAUGCAUUCCUGACUUCAGAAAGCUAUCGCGCUCGACCGGAGUCUCGGACAGUUCUUCUCACCGGCAUCCCGAAAGACCUCUUGGAUGCCGAUUCUCUUCGUCGAUUUACUGCCCACUUGCCGGGGGGUGCCCGUCGGAUCUGGAUCGUGCGCGACAUUAAGGAUUUGCCCGAGCUGUAUGAGCGUCAGCAGAAUGCAUUCUCGAAGCUUGAAGGAGCCUAUGCCAGUUUGAUCAGUACCGUCCAUAAGGCACACCAGAAAAAUCAGAAAAACUCUAAAGCCGUGCCCGAAGUCAUGGAAGACGGCCAGGAAUGGUCCAAGCAUAUCCCGCGAUCAAAGAGACCAACUCACAAGCUCGGAUUCCUCGGCCUGAUUGGUAAAAAAGUCGAUUCGAUUGAUUGGGCAUCAGACGAAAUCUUGGAAACUUCUAAGGAGCUCAGCGAUCGCCGCUCGCACAUUGAAGACUAUCAACCAAUCAACGCUGCCUUUAUUGAGUUCAACAAUCUCGUGGCGGCCCAUCUGUUCGCACAAUCCUUAGCGCACCACACCCCUCUAAAAAUGCACGGAAAAUGGUUGGACGUAGCCUCAGAAGAUGUGAUCUGGUCCAACCUGAGCAUGGACCCUCUUCAGCAACGCAUCCGAGGACUGAUCUCUUGGGCAAUCACUAUCGCCCUCAUCGUCUUCUGGGCCGUUCCAGUGGCCUUCGUCGGCAUGAUUUCGAACGUCAGCAGUCUAUGUUCUAAGGUGUUUUUCAUGGCCUGGCUGUGCAAACUCCCACCCCCAGUCCCUGGAAUCAUUCAAGGUAUCCUCCCACCCGUCUUGCUCGCAGUGCUGUUCAUCCUCCUGCCAAUAUUCCUUCGUCUACUGGCCAAGUUUCAGGGCAUUCCUCUCAACUCUCGCGUCGAACUUAGCCUCAUGAGCCGUUACUUCAGUUUCCUAGUCAUACAUGGUUUCUUGAUUGUCACCCUGUCCUCCGGAUUGGUCGCCGCGAUUCCUCCGAUCAUACAACAACCUACCAUGGCGCCCACGAUCCUUGCCCAACAACUGCCCAAAGCAUCCAACUUCUUCCUCACCUAUUUUGUUACCACCUGUUUCGCGGGUGCCGCUGGUAGUUUACUUCAGAUCGCCGGGGUGGUGGUCUACAAUCUCAAACUCAAAUUCCUCACUUCAACCCCUCGUUCCGUCUAUGCAACCCGUUGCGGAAUGUCGUCCGUCCAAUGGGGCACGCUGUUCCCAAACAUAACCUUACUGGCCGUCAUAGCCAUUAGUUAUUCUAUCGUCAGUCCGAUCCUUAAUGGAUUCGCACUCGUUGGGUUUGCAUUGUUUUGGUUUGUGUACAAAUAUUUGUUUAUCUUUGUCAUGGAUCUUACCAGCUCAAGCGAAACUGGAGGAAAGUUCUUUCCUUUGGCAAUUAAACAGGUGUUUGUUGGACUAUAUAUUGGCGAAAUUUUCCUGGCGGCAUUGUUCUUUCUGGCCCAAGACGCAUCAAGCAGUCAAUCAGGAGUCAUACAUGGAGCGUUGAUGAUAGUCCUCAUUGUGAUCACGGUGUUGUUCCAAAGCAUGAUCCGAAAAGACUAUUUCCCAUUGAUCGAUUACCUGCCGGUAUCGUUGGCCGGCCCAGCUUCGGGGCCAGAUAAGGAGGAAGAGUCGAUGCAAAAGUCGGAGGAGCCGAUCAUCGAGAAGAAUCUCAAGACGCCCGAAACGGUUGAUGAGAAGGAGCACCAUUUCGACCAUCCUGCGCAAUGGAAAGAUGUCGGUAUCUUGUGGAUCGCCGAUGAUGAAGACCUCAAGAUCGGCCAAAACAGCGUCAGCCAGCUCCAGGCCGCUGGACUCAAAGCUUCCUCCCACGGGGCGAAAUUCGGAAGCCCAGGCAGUCAUGUGAUUGUUACUAGGAGUCCACCGGACGCACCAGAGCCAAUCGAGAUUCCAGCCACCGAUUAACUUCCAACCAAGUUAUCUUAACUUCCAAACAAAACGUUUCUUUUUUUGUUUUCUUUCCUACCAGACUUAUCCUUCAGAGGCUCUCUCAAUAUUGUCUGACUAAAACUUAAUACAUCAUUACGAUCUGCAAGAAUGUCUUCCUAAAUUAUUGACCGAGCCCUUACAAUGGCUAUUAAAUUAUCACCAUUUCUGUCUUCCAUCAUUAUUACUUUUGUAAGUGUCAGAUGGAGCGUUAGUAAGGGGGGGGGGGACAUCAGUGCUCUGUCGUCUUUCUCUUUCCCCUUUAUUUGGCCUCUACUACGCCUCUUUUCCAUGGAUGUUUUCACACACAACUGUUUCCUUCAUGUUCUGAAAUGACGAUCUACCUAUUUCCUUCAUUUUCUGGAAUCACGACAUGCACAAUGCUCAUGAUUCAUCAGUUGAAAUGGGUGCUGCAGAUACUUGGUAGUACUGUUAUCCAUUUCAAGUCUUAUUUGGGACUUCCUACAGUACUGUGCUGUAAGUUAAACUCAUGCAAGAUCAAUGCUUACAUGUGAAAUCAGACCAGUUUCCAAUCCUUCAACUUGGCUCAAGAAGCUUAUUGGGUUCACAAUAUCAAUCAGUGGUUUACCACCUUCCUAGAUUCAGGCUGGAAGCUUGCAGAAAAAC